GUCUGCGAGAAGAGUUAAUUGAUUCAGAUUGAACGAUUGUUUGAAGAAGCUGCAAAACAAAAACCAUGUCUAGUGCAGUACAGAGAUUACAAAAACAGCUAACACAGCUGAGAGAAGAAGCUAAAGUUGAAAGAAUACCUGUCUCACAAGCAAUUGAAGUUAUGAAGAGUUACAUCACAGAGCAUUCCCAAGGAGAUGCUUUAGUUAUAGGUGUGAACCAGUCAGAUAACCCAUUCAGAGACCAGAAAUCAUGUGCUAUUUUAUAAUUUUGUACAGUUAAUAGUCUUGGGAACCAUCUUAUAUGGAAAGGUUUUGUGUUUUAUUUCCAAAAUGACAGUAGAAUGGGCACAGUGCAAAUUUUUUUUUUUAGAAAUUUUUUAAGAAUUUUCUUUAGUUACAAGUUAAACGCAGCUACAUUUUUUCUAUGGAGUGAAAUGAUGUUUUUGAUUGAAAUCCUAUCCGUGGUAUCAAUUAUUCGACUUGACUCUCUACAACAGAAUUCUGGCCAGUAUGUCGCAUCUAGAACCAUCAUAAUCACGUGAAUUGAUCUCCGUCUUUUAUCAUGUGUGCCAGAAUUAACAUAUGCAAAUUAUUUGUGUUGUUUAAAUUUGAUGUUAUCUUGUAUAGUGUAAAAAUGUGAUUUAUAACAAUUUGGCAAAACAAAUUUUUUAUUAAAUAUCAUCUAUGUUAAAAAAAAAGAUUUAGGUAUUUUGAUAAGAGGAAACACCAACAGUAAACUUGUUACAAGAAAACUUUAAAUUACAAGGAAAACAGCACAGAAUUAAGAGACAAUGAGAGGCAUUGUAAUGUUUGAUAACUGCUUACUGGGAAAGCAGCAGUUUGUUUCUCCAUGAAAAUUGAAUUUCAAUAAGAUAACCAAUCAUAAAAGGUGCUUGGCACACACAUACAAAAUGAAAAAACCGAAGAAAACUAGCAGCACAGAUAUUCUUUUGGGAUGCCUCAAGAGAACAUUCAGUGAAAACUAUUUCAGUAUACAAGAUAUUGGAUUUUUCCUUUUUAAUAAAAUCAGUAAUUGCUUAAUGGAUUUUUCCUGUUUAGAUCAAUUUUGAACAUGUAAUUAUAUAGUUACUUCAAACUUAAUUAAAAACUUUAUUUACAUACCAGACGGCAUUGUGGGAAAUUAAAAAAAUUUUGGAUAAUAGACUAGAAUUUUUACAAUCUAUAAUAAUUACAUUAUUUACACUGCCAGAGUUUAUUGUAUUGCCAUUAGAGAUGAAAAUAAGUAAUAAUUAAACUCAAUAUACACAGAUAUAGAAUUGCAAUAUGAACAAUUAAUGGUGUAGAGAAUGUACAAAGAAUGCCAAGAACUUGUUUUCAAAAAUAAAAAUAUUAUCCCUAAGAAAGGUUUUGAAAUAUAAUUUGCAUUAAUUUAUUUAGCAUAUCGUCGCUGGGCUUCCAAUAUGUCGUAUAUGACUUUAUCUGUCAAAAUUACUUUUUCACACAAACCGGCUUGGCGGGAGGAAAUCUCUGAUAUUCCAAAAUAUCACACAUUCAGACCAAUCAAAACAAUUGAAAUAAGACAUGUGACAAAAUUGCCAAUCUCAAUUGUUUGUAAAGUUUGGUUCCAAAAUGUCUUAUAUAAACUUGAAAAUAGUUGUAAAAUGACUUUGGGAAUCAAAAACUGGUAGAUUUCUUUAUUUAUGUGAAAAUAAUGUUAGAUUUUAUAUUAUCCAGAAAUGUCCAAGUUUUUAUUUCACAGCCAUAUACAAAAAUGUUCAAGUUCACAUACAACAUUUUGGAAGCAAAUAUUUCGAACAAAUUUUCAAAGCCUGUUUGUAAGAUUUUUUUUGUUGUUGAAAAAUUUGUCAUAUACCACAUUUUGGAAGCCCAGCGAUGAUAUAAAAAUUUUAAGUUUUUUUCAAUCAUUUAGCAGAUUAAAUUUUAUGUAUGUUUUCUCAGAAGCAUGAACUAAUUUAUUUAAAUAGAAACAGAAUACAAUUUCCUUUUAAAAUUUUAUUUUUGUGUGAAGUUAGUUAUAAGGACAGGAAAUAAAUGUAACUAUUUAUGAUUAGAGGGAAGUCAAAAAAUAAGAAGUAACUUUCAAGUAACCAUAUAUACACAUAUAUAUAUAUUUAUAUAUUUAAGUAUUCACUACCUUUGAGUCAGACAUAAGUCAUACUUCUAAAACAUUUCUGUUUUUUUUUUAAAUCCACUUUGAAUUUUAUUAUUAAGUUAUGAAAAUAAGACUUAACUAGACAGCAACCUAACUACACUAAAACAAUAUCAUAUUUUUAUCAAAGAUAUUUGAGUCUUGCGAUUUGCACAUUAUUUUUAAUUGAAUAACAAAUUUGCACAUGUUCAAAAUUAUUUUUUGAUUCAGAUUACAUAUAUCAUAUAAAAACACAUUAUAGUAAUUCAUGUGCCUUUUUGUAUACAUUUUGUGUUUUUGUUGCAUGGAAUAGCUUUCAUUAUGUAGUUUAAUCACAUAUGUACAGACUUAUUUAUUUUUAAAAAAAUGUUGAUUAUUUAUUAGUCAUUAAUUUUCAUAAUAUAAUGUAUUAUACAAUCGAGCAACUUUUGUUGGCAUGUUUUAAACAAAUCCCUAUGAAUUGUUGCUAAGGUGCACUGACUCUGAUAUGGGAGUUAAAACAAUAUUCUUUUGUGUCAUUUUAAAAGAUUUUGAAAACCAAUUUUAGAAUAAAGAUAUUGCCUAUUAAAAUAUUAAAGAAAGUAUUAACAUUUUCCUGACAAAAGUCAAAAUCAGUAUUAAUUAAAAAAUAUUAAAAUUUGUGAUGGACUAUUUUCAUUAAAUAUGAUUUAAAAAGGUAAAUUCCCUAGAUUAUAUUUUUUAUUUUAAGACCACUGUUGGUAUUUUUUCAGGUAAAGUAAAACAGAUUAAUAUAUACAGGAUAUACAUGAUAUAUAUAAUGCUGAUUUCAUAUUAACUUCCUUUGAAUUUCAAACAAUGAAAAAUCAAUGUUCCUUUGUUAACAUGCAGCACAAUCUAACACACUAUCAGUAUGUAGGCAGGGUAUAAGACUAAUAAGGGGCCUGAUGGGGGGGUCUCAUCACGAUUCACGAGUUGAUGUUUUUGUCAAUCACGAUUCACAGAAAAUAAAUUUCCAUGAUCACGGAUCACGAAAAUAUAAAAAGAGAAAUAAAUCUGUAGAAAAACGGAUCACGAUAGCGAAAAUGCGCCGAUCACGAAGAACGAAAAUAACCCAUCAGGCCCCUCACUAAUGUUUGUAUAGAAUCUCAACUUCUAUUUAUGUUUGUAUGUAUAGAUAUUUCAAAUGCUUUUUGUAAAUCUUUCAUAAUAAAGUAUUGAUGUUGAUA